AUGUCGUCUGCCACCUUACCGCUACUUAUGCCCAGCCCAAAUCAGAGUAAUCGAGUUGCCAGUGGGUACUCGCAGUUAUCACAACUGAACACUCCCCCAGAUGAUUUUUUCGACGAAUUUCCACCCAAAUGGAAUGCUCCAAAACCCUUUAUUUCUCGGCAUAUCUUCCAAAUAUGCUGCUUCAUAUUCACCUGGCGCAGCGAUCUGCACUGGUUACACGACCUCUUGAAAGAAGGAAACUCCUGGGAAGAGCUGCAUAGUCGAUAUCUGACCCAGCUCAAUCAAGUGAGCACAGUGCAAGGACUCGUGCUUGCCACUGCGGCGGUCUUUAUCUCCUCAAAUCCGCCACUUGCGAAAGAUGUCAACUAUAUAUCUAAUUCAUCUUACGCCUGUUUGGCGGAGUCGCUUAUCUUCUCGUUGUUUGGGCUAUUGUUCCAGUUAAAGGUAUCUGCCUCCGGAAUCAUUUUUCAACAACGUAGUGCUGCAAAAAUCAUAAUCGAGAGGCGCUGGAGAAUAUUCUGGCACCUCCUGGGUUUGGCAGUGCCAAUCAUCAUCUUUACCAUAUCAGUGGUACUUCUGCUCAUAUCCAUCGUGCUCACGGGAUUCGCAUCUCACUCCGAAACUGUUCAAAUUUAUCUGAGCAUAACAUUCGCUUUCCUUGCCACUUGUCAUUUGGUAGCGAUUCUGGGUUCACCAUUCUAUCACCAUUUUUCAAACUUAUGCUUCUACAUUCUUCGCACCGAGAGUGGCGAAAGACUUCAGGAAGAUGUCGAUGCUUGA